AUAAAAGGACAGUUUGAGCGUGUGAUAUCAAGUUCUCAUAGGAUUUGUACCGCUUUUUCACUAAGCAACAGCAGUCAACUCCGGGCCUUCAUUUGUAACUCCCAUCUAAAGAAGCUGGAAGUGAUGGGACUGGUGGGAAGAAUUCGGACACUUUCAGGAUGUGGGUGUACUUCAUACUUUUAGCUUUGCCACGUCUGCUGCAUGCCCAGAAAGAUUGCUCAUAUGGAGCAUGCAACCCUGCUGUGGGAGACCUCCUUAUUGGACGAACCAAUUAUUUACGAGCUUCCUCCACUUGUGGAUUGGUGGAACCAGAGAACUACUGCACUCCGUUUGGAGAGACUCAAAUGAAAUGCUGUCGCUGUGAUUCCCGGGAUCCUUUUUCAGCAAUUAGCCACAGGAUCAUCAAUGUAGUGUCUCCCAUCGGUCACCUUCGCUGGUGGCAGUCUGAAAAUGGACUGGACCCUGUUACCUUGCAGUUUGAUCUGGGCAGGAAGUUUCAGCUCAGCGAUGUCACGUUGGAUUUCAGGAGCCCUCGGCCAGCUGCUCUUGUGAUAGAGAGAUCCUCAGACCAUGGAAGGACGUGGCAGGUGUAUCAGUACUUGGCGUAUGACUGUGCUGCCUCCUUUCCUCAAAUCAGCCGGGGUCGUCCUCUAAAUUUGGAGGAUGUACGUUGUCAGCAGCUUGAAGGAGACCCCACACAAGGGGGCCAGAUACGCUUCAACCCAAUGGACUUGGCCCUUUCAGUUCCUGCAUCUCAAAGAAUAUACCGUCUUGGAGAAUUCACCAACCUACGAAUAAACUUUACUCAGCUCAUACGCCUUCCACCCAGGAGAUAUCGACAGCCCAGUGCAUUCUAUGCUAUAAAUGAGAUGCGUGUACAUGGCAGUUGUCUCUGUUAUGGUCAUUCCGACCAAUGUGUGUCAGGCAGCACAUCAGACAGAGAUCCAUAUGGUAACAUUCAGGUGUAUGAUGCAUGUGUUUGCCAGCACAAUACUGCUGGAACAAACUGUGAACGUUGUGCUGACCUCUACAAUGACUUGCCUUGGAGACCAGCAGAUGAACAGAACUCAAAUGAGUGCAGAAGAUGCAACUGUAACAAUCACUCAGACAAGUGCCACUUUGACCCAGCUGUGUAUGAAGCCAGUGGCAGAGUGAGUGGGGGCGUGUGCGAAGAUUGCAGAGAUGGAACCACAGGAAGGAACUGUGAAAGUUGCAGAGCUGACUAUUACCGCAAUCCUAAUCGGGAAAUUAACCAUAGGGACGCCUGUAUCUCAUGUGACUGUGACCCCGAGGGCAGUAUUGGCGGUGGGAGCUGUGAUUCUAUGACUGGACGGUGCAAUUGUAAGGAUAAUGUUUUUGGGGAAAGGUGUGACCAAUGUAAACCUGGAUUCUACCAGCUGAGUGCCUCCAACCCUCAGGGUUGUACCAAAUGUGACUGUGACCCACAAGGCACACAGGCAGACCAACAAUGCAACAAUGAGACAGGCCAGUGCAGAUGUCUUCCCAAUGUCACCGGAAAGCGUUGUGACCAGUGUGCCACCCACCACUGGAACUAUCAGAGUGGGAGGGGAUGCCAGCUGUGUGGUUGCCAUCCCAGGAACUCUUACAGUCUCCAGUGUAACCAGGUCACAGGACAAUGUCUCUGCAGGGAGGGCUUUGGAGGCCGUCUAUGUACAGAAUGCCCAGACAGGAUGUAUGGAACCUUGCAAACUGGAUGCAGAGCUUGCAAUUGUGACUUCCAGGGGACAGUGGACAUUGGAUGUGACAAAGCAACAGGUCAAUGUCUGUGCCAGCCAGGUUUUGUAGGAGCUCGUUGUGACUUGUGCCAACGUGGUUACAGUGACACAUUCCCUAAUUGUGUAGCCUGUCAUUCCUGCUUUAAUUUUUAUGACCAUGAAUUUAAAACCUUGGGGUAUCAAAUGCAAGCUCUUCGGAACACCAGCACAGGCCAGGGAUGGGAGACAGAUCCACGCUUUGGACCACGGAUGGCUGGAGUAGAAGCUGAACUUCAGCGCAUCCAGGGAAUUCUCGGUGGAUCGAGCAUAUCAGACAGUGAACUUUCACAGGCGGAGAGCCAAUUCGCAAAAAUCAGAGGAGAAGUUCAACAGCUAAACCCGGACCUUCCACCAGCAGAGAGUAUCGAGCCUCUUACAUCUGACUUAAAUUCUUUGAGAGCUGAGUUUAACAGCAUUAAUCUAAUUUACCAGAGCAAAAAAGCACAGCAAGGAAACAGUACUACAGCAGAUUCUUCAGGUUUGCUUAGGUCUGUUAGCAGUGCCUACCAAUCAUCACUUGAAUCUGCUGAGAGGGUAGCUGCUGCGGGAGUCAUUGUGUCCCAGUCUCGGGAAAGCAGGAGAGAAGCACAGAGACUGGAAGGGAAGUCACGAGAUGCACUGUAUGAUCUGGAAACAUUUCAAGAUGAGCUGUCCUACCCAAAUCUCACUCCCACCAUUAACAGGAUUUGUGAAGGUGUGAGAAACGAACCUUGCACUCCAGACGAUUGCCUUGGCACAGUCUGCCAAAGGAACAACAACUCACUCUGUAAGGUGGGAUCCCAAUGCAUGGGAGCAUUUCCUUUGUCUAUAAAUGCACUCAGGAAUACAGAGAAAACAGCCCGGGAUCUGCAGGAGCUCAACACUCAACUUCAAAAGAACAUGCAGAUGAUUAAUGAAGCCGAGAAAACCGCCAAUCAGAUCCAAGAUGGUGCUCAGCAUUUGACAGAGCAAGUGACCAGGGCCAGAGGACGCAUGGAUGAACAUAUGGGGAGCACCCGCCAGUUCAUACAGCAAGUGAGGGACUUCUUAACAGACCCAAUGACCAAUCCAGCCACUAUUCAGGAGGUCAGCGACUACGUCUUAUCCCUCAGCUUACCUGCCGACUCUGCCACCAUCCUGAGAAAGAUGAAUGAGAUCCGCAGCAUAGCAGGCAAACUGCCCAACAUGGAUGCCGUUUUAUCCCAGACCAAGGAUGACAUUGCUAAGGCCAAGAAACUUCAGGGCGAGGCUGAGUUGGCACGGAACAAAGCCAUGGAUGUUGAGGGUGAUGUAGAUGGUGUGAUCAUGAAUUUAGGCACUGCAAAGACAGCCCUUCUGGAAGCUGAAGACAAGAUUCGAGGUUCCAGUUCUGCUUUACAACAGAUACAGGAUCGUAUGGAAGAGAUCCAGCAAGUUCUUGACCCUGCCGAAAAAGGGCUGACAGACGUUCAAGGCCAACUCCAGGACUUCACUUUGCAAGUGGAGAACCUGCGUCAAAAAACAACAGCAAGCCGACAACAGGCAGGGAAAGCGCAGCAGGCAGCCUUGGGGGCUCUAGGGAAGGCUGAAGAUGCACAACAGGGCCUGGAGUUAGUGAAAGAAAAAUAUGCCCUCUUAAAGAGUCGCUUAGGUACGACGUCGAACCUGGGAGCUCAGGGAGAAAAGGUUUCUAGCAUCCAAGAGGAGGCUGAUCGACUUUUCCAGGAGUCUAUGGAUAUAAUGAGCCGGAUGACUGAAAUUGAGAGUGAGCUACUAGAGGGCAGACAAUCUCUGAUGAUCAAAUUCUCACAGCUGGAGGGCUUGGAAGGAGAGGUCAGCAGCAUCCGAGAUCACAUCAGUGAAAAAGCACAUUUCUACGCAACCUGCAAAUAAGGCAACAUGGGCACUUCCAUCUCUCUGAAUGAUUGCAGUAUGUGCCUAGCAUUUAGAAGGGCUGUGCACAUUUCCACUGCGCGACUGAUGUUCUGGAAUAAAACUGAGUGCAUUUAUUUAACUGCCUAAGCGAUCUACAUCAGAUAGAGCUGUGAUAACAAAAGGGUUCAAUUUUGCAAUCUCGUUCCUGAUCUUGUUGUCAGAUAUGUUUACAAAAACAGUUAUCCUUGUUUAUUUAUAAAGAGUUAGUGUUUUCAGCUGUGAUGCAAUUAUAGUACCUUCCAUUAAACAUUUAAACAAACAAUUAGACAACGGUGACUGAUAUUUUAUGCUAUUUCCACACCCUGAUCCAUAAACAUCCACAAUUCCAAGUCCAACGUGAUACUUUUAUUCUGCCAUCAUAGCUGUUAAAAUCUUGGUGCUUUUAAAACCAAUGCUGUAUUUUUUUAUAUACAUAUAUAUUAUUUAUUAACAUUGCUAAAUGUUUCCUAAUGUGUAUUUGAUAAAAAUAAAGAGAUUCCCCACACAG